GGCCUGUUCCGCUGACUGGAUUGCGCAACAGGCCAAUGGAUUGGUGGCUCCCCGGACUCGCUCUCCACCUCCCUUACGUUAUAACUACUAGAGCCCCUUGAGCAAGAGAUGCCAGUAUAUCUCUCAUAUUAAAAUUCAGAGAGCCACAGCAAUGGAUUCAAGCACUGACGAGACUUUAAAUCUCACCGCGUUUCUACAGACAGAUCCGUACAUUGCACAUUAUGAGGGAGAGCUGCGUAGAAGAUAUAAGCAGUUUGCAGAGCGUCUGGCACAGUUGGAGGAGGCGGAAGGAACCUUUGAUCGCUUCACACUGAGUUACCAGUCAUUUGGAAUUCAGCGGCGAUCCAACAACGGGCUGCUCUUUAGGGAAUGGGCACCGGGAGCGAAGGCCGUCUUCCUGACUGGAGAUUUCAAUUCCUGGGAAAAACAGUCUUACCCUUUCACGCAGAAUGAGCAUGGGAAAUGGGAACUUUAUCUCCCUCCGAAACUGGACACAUCUCCUGCCAUCGAGCACCUGACCAAACUCAAGCUUGUGGUCCUGACUAAAACUGGCGAAUAUCUGUUUCGGAUCUCUCCCUGGGCCAAAUAUGUCACAAAAACAGUGGAUUCUGUCACUUAUGACUGGACCCACUGGGACCCUCCACAACCAUACCAGUUCCAGCACCCCAGACCCCCUCGGCCCAGCAGUCUUCGAAUCUACGAGGCUCAUGUGGGCAUCAGUUCGCCUGAGGAAAAGAUUGCCUCGUACAAAAACUUCACCCGAGAUGUGCUUCCUCGCAUUAAGGAUCUCGGAUACAACUGUGUCCAGCUCAUGGCAAUCAUGGAACAUGCCUACUAUGCAAGCUUUGGCUAUCAAGUCACCAACUUCUUUGCUGCUUCCAGCCGCUUUGGCACUCCUGAUGAUCUGAAGCAUCUGGUAGAUACGGCACACUCCAUGGGCAUUGCUGUUCUGCUGGAUGUGGUCCACAGUCACGCCUCCAGCAACACAGAGGAUGGACUCAACUACUUCGAUGGGACUGACUCCUGCUUCUUUCAUGGAGGCUCCAGAGGCAAACACUCACUCUGGGACAGUCGACUCUUCAAUUACUCCAGUUGGGAGGUGUUGCGGUUCCUGCUCUCCAACCUGCGCUGGUGGAUGGAGGAGUAUCGCUUUGACGGCUUUAGGUUUGACGGUGUGACCUCAAUGCUCUACCACCAUCAUGGUAUUGACACAUCAUUUUCGGGGAACUACAGCGAGUACUUUGGCAUGCAAGUGGAUGAAAACGCACUCAUUUACCUAAUGCUGGCCAAUCACAUCCUGCACAGGCUCUACCCACAAUGCAUCACUGUAGCGGAGGAUGUAUCAGGGAUGCCAGGCCUGUGCAGGGCCAUUGAAGAGGGAGGACUGGGCUUUGAUUAUCGUCUGACCAUGGCCGUGCCAGACAAAUGGAUCCAGGUACUGAAGGAAGUUCGGGAUGAGGACUGGGAUUUGAGGAACAUUGUUUACACCCUGAUCAACAGAAGAAGGGGGGAGGCUUCUGUCACUUAUGCUGAGAGCCAUGACCAGGCAUUGGUCGGGGACAAGUCGCUGGCAUUUUGGCUGAUGGACAAAGAGAUGUACACCAACAUGAGUGCUCUCACUACCAUGACGCCUGUUAUAGACCGUGGCAUCCAGCUGCAUAAACUCAUCCGUCUGCUCACUCACAGUCUCGGAGGGGAGGGCUACCUCAACUUCAUGGGCAAUGAGUUUGGCCAUCCAGAAUGGCUGGACUUUCCUAGGAAAGGAAACAAUGAGAGCUACUAUUACGCCCGUCGCCAGUUCAACCUGGUGGACACGGAACAUCUGCGAUACCGACAACUAUACGCUUUCGACCGUGACAUGAAUCUCACAGAAGACAAAUACAGCUGGCUGACUGCCGCUCAGGCUGCAGUCACGACUCUGAAUCAAGAUGACAAGGUGAUUGUAUUUGAACGUGCGAACCUGCUGUUUAUUUUCAACUUCCAUCCCUGCAACAGCUACACGGACUACAGGGUGGCAGCAGAGCAUGCUGGGAAAUAUAAGAUCAAAUUGAACUCGGACGAGGUGCAGUACGGGGGUCACGGGAGGCUUCUGCAGGACACGGAGUUCUUCACAGAGCCAAUGACUUUCAAUGGACGAGACCAGUCGUUUCAGAUCUACAUUCCUUGCAGAACUGCUCUGAUCUUGGCAAAUGAGGACACUGAUUUCAGACACUGAAGACCGUGCGCAUGAAUGGACAUGGAUCUUGCAUCAUAUCCCUGAAUAUUGGGCAACCCUACAUCAGAUAACAUUCAAUAUAGCAAACGUUUUUUUUUCCACAUACAAUAAUGGUACCUGCUUUUAAAUAUGAUUACAGUACAGUAUGUUUCAUUCUGUUAAAAAAAAUCAUCUAAUCUCUUUAAAGAGAUACAUAAACCAAAAUUGUUUAAAUUUUAAAUUAGCUGUUAAUUCACUCAAGAAGUAGGUGACUUUUCUUCAAUAGAGCAAAAAAAAAAGAAAGAAAGAAAGAAAGAAAGAAAGAAAGAAAGAAAGAAAGAAAGAAAGAAAGAAAGAAAGAAAGAAAGAAAGAAAGAAAGCUAAAGAUGUGGUUCUUUGUGAUUCAUGAAAUGCAAACUCAACAUGUAUCAGGGCUCUGAGGAUCAGUAAACAUAUUCAGUCAAAAUAAAAUGAAUGCACAUUGCUCCUGACACAAAAAAACAGGUUAUAUGUAGCACAAUAAUUGUUCUGUGUAUUAUUACAAUUAUUCCACAGCCAAGUAUUGAAAUUGUACAUAAAAUUUUUAAGGUUUAUUUAGAUCACAUUUCUGGUGCAUGGUAUGGGCUGGGAUAGUCCUCUCAUAUUGAUGAAAUGUAAAAUGUGAGAAGUUUUAAAGGAGCCCAUGCCAGCAAUAUGAGUAAACAUUUUUUGGAGCAUGGAAUAAAGGUCCUUUUCUGAACUUUGAACAUCUCAGAACCAUUGCUGUCUUUUGAGGAUGAGAGAGCUCUAGGAUUUCACCAAAAAAAUUUUUUUGUGUGUGAACAGGGCUUUGAACGACAUGAGGGUAAGUAAUUAAAACAAAAUGUUUGUUGUGGGGUGAACUAACCAAUUAAAUGGUUAUUUCAUUUGUAAUAAACUAUAUAGAGUCAAUAAUAAAUAUAAAUGUUAACCUCACAAUGCAUCAAAUCCCCUCGUUGAAUUUCAGAGGCUUUUACUCCAUUUACUUUAACAAGUAAAAUCAUCACAGAGAAUGGGUUACAUCCUUUUUCCACUGCAGAGUUACCAUGGUUUAUACAUGUGUUCAGGUAUACUGUAAUAAAUAACUAGUAGGUGUGUGCUAUAUUUAUCAUCUGUUAUCAUUUCAGAAUUGUUUUAAUGAUGUGCAAGCUGACAUUAACAAGUAUGUCACUAACUUUGCAAACAAAAUAAAAUAAUGAGAAAAAUA